AGACGAUCUUCGUUGGAGUUAGCCGGCUAAGUGUUAGCUCAAGGAGACGCCAUUAGUUCGGAGAAAACCAGGCAUUCGCACCAGGGUGAAAAGGAAAUUACCUCAUUGUUUAGUCACAUUUGUCUCACAUCUGUUAGUCGAUAUUCAUAAAAGUUAGAUUCUCGUAUGCUGUCGAUGUGUUUUCCUCCUGAUUUUUAGCUCUUUUUUUUAGAAGUCGGAAGCCGAUGUGAGCUACGCAGGACUUCAAUUCCGACAGGGGUUAGCAUUAGCAGCGCUAGCUUGAUACCGUUUGUUUUGAUAACGCAGAGGAUUUCUCUAAUAAACUGCCAGCCAUGGCGGCCGGAGGGAUGGGCGGCAAGACCUACUCCUUCAAGGUGGUGUUACUAGGGGAAGGGUGCGUGGGGAAGACGUCGCUGGUACUGCGAUACUGCGAAAACAAAUUCAACGACAAACACAUCACAACUCUACAGGCGUCCUUCCUCACAAAGAAGCUCAACAUCACAGGGAAGAGAGUUAACCUGGCCAUAUGGGACACAGCAGGUCAGGAGCGUUUUCAUGCAUUAGGUCCCAUCUACUACAGAGACUCCAAUGGAGCCAUAUUAGUGUACGACGUUACAGACGAAGACUCCUUCCAGAAGGUGAAGAACUGGGUUAAAGAGUUGAGGAAAAUGUUGGGGAACGAGAUUUGUUUAUGUAUAGUAGGUAAUAAAAUCGAUUUGGACAAAGACAGGCAUGUUUCAGUGGAAGAGGCUGAGAGCUAUGCAGAGUCAGUGGGAGCCAAACACUACCACACAUCGGCCAAGUUGAAUAAAGGCAUCGAGGAGCUCUUUCUGGAUCUCUGUAAAAGGAUGAUGGAAACAGCUCAGGCUGAGGAGAGAUUGAAGGGCAACGGGGCCAGUCAAUCAGCAUCGAGCAGGCGAGGUGUACAGAUUGUUGAUGACGAACUGCAGGCAACGCCUGCGGGAGGGUGCUGCUCUUCUGGCUAACGCAUACACACUUACACACAGCAUACAUGCUCGCACACACAUUUGUCAGUGUCCCUGUUGUCAGGUUGGUUUGCUCUAAAACCCUAAAAUAAUCUGUGUUCAUUCAACAUUGUCUCGGCUGCAAAGGAGCAUGGGAAAUUACUUAUUCAGUGUACCCUUUCAAAAUAAAAGUAAUGGAAGUCCUUAUAAUUGCAGUCAGUGUGAUUUCAGUGACUAAAUUCUCUAAAAAUCGCAGUUUUGGCACUUUAUUUACUCUACUGUCAGUAAUUUGGAGCAAAGCAGCAACAGAAGUUGAGCUGAUAUUACAGACAACCACCAACAAAACACUGAAAGCCAUUACACCUCCUCUCCCCUCUGACAGCUUUGUUAGUGUGUUUCAUACUAAAAAUUAUUAAUAAAACCAUUUUGAAGAGGAACAUUGGCAACCCAGGCUUCAGCAGAGAUUUGUUUUGCCUAUGUGGAAAUCUCUCAAGGGCUUAAACAUGCAUCCAGGCAUACAAGCCAACAUUAAUCUUUAUCUAAAAACAGACACUGCUUUAGUCUUGGAAAACCAGAGCAGUUGCAGUCUGUGGUGCAGCAGCUUUACCUGCUGGACUGAAGUCAAACUGCAGCAAAAUGACAAAAGCGGCCCAAGCUGAAGAGGUCAGAACUGAGACUUUACUUGGGAUCAUAGUAGGUUCAGGCUAAUCAGGUCUGGUAGCUUCCUGUUGUAUUUAGGGCUUUUAAAAUUGAUUAUUCAAUGGAUCAUUAUGCUCACCCUAACAUUCACUGAUCAGGCCUUCAGCUGGACUUUCACAAAGGAAAUGAGUGGUUACGAUAAAGCAGAGCUCAAACAAAAAAGCAUCAUUAAUGACAAUUUAUAAUCUUGCUUUAGGUCUUCAUAUGAAGCAGUAACGUCUUUGAGCUGCAGGCCGAUGUCUGGAGUUCAUUUGAAGUUUGCAUUUAUAAGCCAAUGAGAUGUUUCAGUGCCAUAGCGACAGUUUUAGAAGUACUGAAUUCUUGAGUGCAGAUAUAUACAGAGCACCUAAAAAUACAGUGAUCCGGAAAUCUCUGUGAACCUUUAAAAACACAGCAGCUGGAUCGAUCAGUUGUACCAUCCUGUCUACACAGGACAGGGUUUUUAGGGAUGCUAAAAUCAGGUUCAGCUGUUAGGGCGCCACAGUGCCUGGCUACAUUUAGCUUUACAUAAUAACAUCCCAGUGACAUUCACAGAUUAAAAACUUUGGAACAGGACAGCGCGGUUUCUGGAUCAGUCCUCAGCAUCAUCUGAUAUCCCAAGUGAUGACUGUUUUUGAUUAACUCUGUUUAUACUGGAUAAUCAACUAAUUGUUUUAGCCCUAAGAUGAAAAAUCUGUUUAUUGAUGUUAUGCAGCUCAAAGGUCUGCUUCUUCAUCCUCCUCUCCCUCUACAUCAUGGUUUGUAAAACACACACUUUCCUGGACAGAGAAAUAAUACUGUGCAUGUUUGAUUUCUGUAAAAGGCUUUGUUUGUUGGACUUUUAAAGGAAAUGGUAAAUAAAUGAAAAACUGAA